GCCUCCCUCCUCCUUUGCCUGGAGCGGCUUCUCCUCCCGUCUCGCUCAGCGGGGCGGCUGCGGGACCAGGCGCGGCGGCUGCGGGGUCGCUCUGCACCGAGCCGGGCUCUUCUGCCCCGUUUCUUCCCUCCGUUUGCACGUGCUUUGGAAUAGUGGGUGUUUCAAUCCUUGUAGGAGUUAAACCAACCUCCUGCAAACAUGGCAGACGAGGACCUUAUUUUUCGUAUGGAAGGGAUUGAUAAUGCCAGGACGACCACAGCGAACUCUGGGGAUUAUCUUGAUGCUGAUAGUGAUGAUGAAGACAAUUAUUUUAUCUGUCCAAUAACUGAUGAUCCAAUUUCUGACAAGUCUGCCAAUACCAAAGUAGACAAUUAUUACAGCAGCUUAGCAAAAAGUGAGCAGUACAGUUCAAGCUCUUCUCCUAGAAGCUUUAGCUUUAAGAAUGACACACAGCAUCGUUCUAAGCAUGGCUCUGUGGUUGACCAUGGUCGGGAAACCUGGAAACAUGCUAUUGAGAAAGCCAAGCACAUGCCUGAUCCAUGGGCAGAAUUUCACCUGGAGGAUGUUGAGACGGAACAUGCCACUCGUUACAGGUACAAUGCAGUUACUGGGGACUGGGUUGAAGAUGAAGUCCUUAUCAAGAUGGCUGCACAACCUUUUGGCCGUGGAGCGAUGCGAGAGUGUUUCAGAACGUUUUUGUAAGUCUGCAAGUCUUCAGUUAUGACAGUGACAGCAUUAGCUGCACGUGGCUCCAUGAACUUCAGAGGAUACUGGAUGUAGAAGAACAUGAGCUACCUUGUUUUAUAGAGAGGAAUGUUUUCCUUCAAGAGCUGGGGAGGUUCAGAUCCUGGCUGAAAUUUUGAUCUCACUUCCUUGUUCCUUCUUUCCAAGGCCUCUGUUCCAGCAGCUGUCUGCCCAUCCCUGCAGGAGCACAGACAAUCUGAAGUUGCUUUGCCUGUAGAGUGUCCCCUGUACCAAGACCUCUGCACCAAGGUCUUGGGAGGGAGAGAGGAAAGGAAGGAAGGGAAAGGGUUGAGAGUUUGAGUGCUGCCAUUAAUUAAGGUACCUGCUUAAUGCCCUUGUCAACCAGCAGAUCCACUGUUAGUUUUCCCGUGCUCCACACCACCCCCUCCUUGCUUUUGAGGGAUCUGUGGAUUAAAGAUUUGCACAUCAACAAAAGGUAAAAGUUACAUCAGAAAAAGCGUCAGGUGCUUUUUUCUUUCUGGGAGCAUGGGGAUAAUCACUGCCGUGUGUUAAGAACAUGGCAAUUUGCUUUUAUUCCAGGAGAGGUUUCUCUCAGUUCAUGUUUGAAAUGUCACUCCCUGUUAAUUUAUGCAGAAAAUAAUUGUUGACAUUAGAACACGGUGUUGAGGUGGCAGCAACCCUUCAUACUCUUGGUUUGAGGGAAAGGGAUUCAGAAAAGGAGGAAGUCCAGAGUAGAACUAGCUGGAGCCAAACCAAACAGUUUGGCAUGUCCCAGCCAUUCCCAUGGAACAUUUAAUUUUCCCUUGUCCCUACCUCUGCUUCAUGUUUCAGCCAGAAUAUCUGGUAAAUGAUUGAGGGUAAUGCUGAUCUUGAGGCCUGGCUCUGUCCAUGCAGGCAAAGAAAUGACAAAGAUUGAAGUAAAUUUUUUGGGUUUCCUUUCACCACCAAUUUGUG